AUGGUGGUUGCAGCGCGAAAGCAUUGGUGGUUGUUGGUUUUUGGAGCUAUAACAAAUUUGUUGGUUGUUGGAAUGAUGGUCACAAUGGUUUUUGUUUAUAGAGAUGGUAGUGUAUCUAGUGUUAACGUUGGCAUUGGCGUUAGCUGUGGCGGUGGUUUUUGUGGGAUCGAUGAUGGUGGAUCUAAUGGUAGCUUUGUUGGAUUUGGUGGGGGUGGCGAUGGCCCUGGUGGUGGUUUUGUUAGCAAUGAUGGUGGAUUUGUCCGUAACAAUGUUUUGACCAAAAGCAUUAAGGAUGAUUGUAAAACAGCAAAAGAAGGCAUUGAUAUGGAAAUGCUCAUUCCAGACAAUUUAAAAUCUCUGACUUUGGAGAAUACCAAAGACGAUGCCAUUAAUCAUUAUGGAACCAAAAUUAGCUAUGACAAAUCACAUUUACCAAUUGUGCCAAAAUCUGCCUCAGAAAUUUCUUUGGACAAGGAUACUGUUCGGGAAUAUGAUGUAGAGGAAUCGAUGAACGUUUCUGAACCAAAUGAUGGUGCAUUUGCUAAGAUUGAGAGAGAUGUUCCAGAAGCGGAAUCUUUUGUAGAUAGCAAACUUCCUAUGCAGAAAUUUGGUACUCGGAGUUUCCUUAGAUCCUUUCUCAAUUCCUUAAAUGGUGAUGGAAAUGAAAUUACACACACACCUGAUCAGAUCCCAUCUGAAGAUGCAAAUUCAGGAAGCCACGCUGCAUUGUCUACAAAUACAGAACCAAAUAAGAAUGUCCAAGCUGGCAACUUAUUAUACAAUAGUAAAGUGGAUUGCGGAAGUAUUACUUUUAACUUCAACUCACCCAAACCCAGGGCAGCUGGCAGUACGGAUGGAUGUGCUGAAAAUGUCGAUGCACAAUCCAUCAAGUCAGAUGACCAAUGUCAUCUUGAGAUUAUGAAUUCCGUCAAACAUUUGGAAGCUAGCACAGAUCAGUGCACCGGCAACAAGUUCGUAAGCAAUGGAAAUGUUCAUGGACAUUCCAUCCACCUCCACGACACGAACUCUACUUCUCCAGAUGGCCAAGUCCAGUUAGCUAGCAUCAAGGACAAAAAUGCUCAAAAUGUUCACGACGAAGCGAUUCAGACACAUGAUGCUUUUAAGGAUGAGGAUGGGAAAUGUGACAGAGUUCCAGUCAUAAACCAAGUCCAAUGUGAUGAGGGAGAGUCAAGCUUCUCCAAUGCAGGUCUUAUCACUUUCUCUGGGCCAAUAUCACAUUCUGGGAGCCUUUCUCUUCGAUCUGAUACCAGUGCAGCCAGCGCUCGAUCCUUUGCCUUCCCAGUAUUACAAUCUGAAUGGAAUAGCAGUCCCAUAAGAAUGGCAAAAGCCGACAGCAGACAUUUUCGAAGGCGCAGGAGUUGGAGAUCAGGUCUUCUUUGCUGUAGAUUCUGAAGGCUUACAUCAUCAAUAUCCCAAUUUAGUCACAGAGUACUGGCUGCAAGUAUAUAUGAAGAGAUAUUUCUUAGGCUUGGUUUGCAUUACUAUGUAUUAGGUUCAUGAAGUCGUGCUUUGAUUUUAAUAUAAAGCCAUGUCUACAUUUUUUGUUUUUUGUUUUUUUUAUGGCUAUUGAUCAAGGAAAUAGUUUCGGUGGUAAGUUUCAUCAGCUAAUAUAAACCUAUUCUCUGUUUUUAUA